CUGAUCAGCUCUGAUCAGCUGUCUGCUGUACCCUUAAUUCAAAGGCUGUACCUGUACCCAUGCUGUACCGAAACAGAGACCGAAAUGACGAAUCGUGUUGAUUGGUGUUGAUAUUUAAUUUAGUAUUAUUAGCUGUUAUUAAUUAUAUUAGUAGUACUUGUCAGACAUUUUAAAAGAUGACAAAAGUUAUAUUAGGUGGCGGUUUAUCGGGACUAUCAGCUGCUUAUUAUCUCUCCAAAGUAAACCAUCAAAAAAUAGUUUUAUUGGAAGCAGCCAACAGGCUUGGUGGAUGGAUAAAGUCUGAGAUAAAUGAAAACGGCGUUAUUUUUGAACAGGGUCCGAGAACAAUUCGACCUAGUGGAAUCCAUGGUAUAAAUACGUUAGAUCUUAUUGAGGAGUUAAAUUUAAGUUCAGAUAUUCGACCAAUAUUGAGUAGUAAUCCUGCAGCCAAAAAUCGAAUGGUGUAUGCAAAUGGUGAAUUACACACACUUCCAAACUCUAUAGGUAGCUUAUUUAAGGUACAGAAACCUUUUUCCAAACCAUUGUUUCUGUGGCUCCUUGGAGAUAUUACAGCUAAAGUCAAAAUUGUAAAUGAUGAAUCUAUUUAUGAUUUUACCAAAAGAAGGUUUGGUAUUGAAAUUGCAGAUUAUUUAAUUAGUCCAUUAAUAAGGGGUAUUUGUGCAGGAAAUGCUAAAGAAAUCAGUGUUAAAUUUUUAAUGAAAAACUUGUUUGAGUAUGAACAGAAAUAUGGUAGUAUCUGUAAAGGUAUAUUCAAUAAUAUUUUUGUUAAGAAGGAACCUUUAGUUCGAAAACCAUUAGCAACAAGAGCUAAGGUUGAACGCUGGAAUGUUUACACCUUCAAUAAUGGCAUAGAGACACUUACAAAAGCUUUGGAACUAAAUAUUAAAAGCAAUAAUAUAGAUAUCCACAAAAAUGUUUUCGUAAAUAAAAUUCAAUUUAAAGAUAACAGUGCUGUAAUAGAAACUUCAAAUGGUAAUAGUUAUUGUUGUGAGCAUAUUAUAAGUUCUAUUGGGGCCAAAGAUCUUGCAUCUUUAUUGAAAGAUGAACAUCCUGAAUUAGCAACAAUGUUGAAUAGAAUCAAAACUGUUACAGUAGGUGUUGUAAAUCUAGAAUUUCAGGGCAAUCAGCUUGGAGAGCCUGGUUUUGGAUUUUUAGUUCCACCAAGUGAAACCCCAUCUAUAUUAGGAGUGAUAUAUGACUCUUGCCAGCAUCCAUAUGAUAAUACUGUUUUGACUGUUAUGAUGGGGGGCUACUGGUUUAAGGAGCUUUUUGGUGACAAUCCUAGUAACGAAUUUUUGCUUAAUAUAGCUUUAAAAGAUAUUCAAAAUAUAUUAAAAAUACAAACUCCUCCAUUAAGGUAUAAAGUUCAAAUUUUAAAAGACUGCAUUCCACAAUAUGUAGUAGGACAUGAAAGUAACUUAAGUAGUAUUGAUAAUUACAUUAAGAACAAUAGUUUACCUUUAUCAUUAUGUGGAUCCUCUUAUCAUGGUGUUGGUAUAAAUGAUGUAAUAAUAUCUGCAAAGAAUGCAGUGAAUAAUUCAAUAUAUUAAGGAUUUUUUUGUUAUAUGACAAUUUGUACAUUUGUUUAAAUAGUUUCUAAGUCAGAGAACUAAUUGUAAUUCAAAAUAAUACACAUUUAUUUAUAAAUAUAUUUAUACAAGUAGUUAUCUAA